GUGCCCGCCCGGUGUAUAGUAUCCGAGUGGCAGCAACCGGCAGUGGCGGAAUUCCAUGUGCUGAAUUAUAAAAAUUACAAAUUAUAUUUGCCGAAUUUGUUAUUCUCAGAUAUUUGACAGAUAUGUUUUUUAGGAUACACUUUUCUUGAAUUACGGAAUCAAAAGUAUGACUUGUGUGCGCACGAGUAAAUUUGUAUUCGAGCGGUCUUUCUUGGAGGUUAUGUGAGAAUAAUAUCCCUAUCGAAUUGUGUAUCCGUUUAUUGAACAAUGUCUGUCCUUCGUAUGCGGUGUCAUUGUGUUAAAUUCAUUAGAAGAUUUAGCGUUCUUCCAGAAUAUACAGAAAAACCAGAGUAUCCACCAAUAUUGGAUCUCUCGCGAGAUGCAGUGAAAAAAAGAAAUGAUGAAGUUUGGCAUAAUAAAAUUAAAAAUCUCGAAAUUUUAGAAGAAAAAUUGAUGGAGGUGAAUAUGCCAAGGUAUUAUGGAUGGCCAUGUAUAGGAUUGUUUGAGGGCAAAGUGCCAUACGGAAGUUUACAAUUUGCCCAGUAUAUUACAAGAACAUUUAUAGUCACUCAACAGGAGUUGCCCAUGCUUUACCAAGCUGCUGGAAUUGUAGAUUUAUGUGCCCCUAUUUUGGAUCAUGUAAAGAAUUCAAUUAAAGAAGCAAUUGUCUUGGAACAUGCAGUAGAAAGGAGUCCUUCUGGAGAAUUAAAAGAUAAUGGCGAUGAUGUUAAUGAGCUUGGGGAUGCUAUAGUACAUCAAAUAAAUCGUGUUAUCAUAAGUUCUUUGUCUGCUGAUUUUCCUCAUCUUCAAACUUGCCAGGUUGACCACUUUCCUCGAAUAGAAUCUUUCUGGAUAGUGGGAGGUAUAGAUCCUCCAAAAAGACUAGAAAAAAUACGAAAAACGUCUAAUAAUGGAGACCUAGGCAAACCAGUGGAUGUGAAAUUCCAGUACCUAGGUCGUCCAAUAGCACAAUUGCGACAUGAACUUCCCCUUCAACCAGCAGCAAUUGAAUCAGAAAUUCAGAAGAUAGAAAGCAAUGUACCUGAGUUUCAUUACGAUCCUCGUGUUUUGGGUGUAGAUAAACUGCAACGACAUGUUACCAAUAUUCCAGGUUUUUGGCCAGGAGAUAAGUCUGAGUUCCCGUUGAUGUCCUUUCAUUCUAGCAAAUACCUUGCUAAUCGGUCAUCUUAUGAUGAUUCCGAGGCUGCACCUUAUGUUCAUGCUGUGCUUGCCUCAUUUGCAUGGCUUCAGGCUCUUGCGUGUUAUAAAGGAUUUUCAACAUUCCAGGAUGUGACCUAUCCUUUGCUAACACAGACUGUUCUCACUGAUGGUCAAUAUUGGUCUUUUUAUGUGUAUCAAUUGAAUACAAUGUUGUUGCACUCAAAUCAUGCUACUGAGAACCAAAAGUGCAAUUUAUGCUGGGGAACUAAAAAGUUAAAGCUCUUCGAUAAAAUUGAGAAUGGUAAAGUUGUGGGUUUUAAUGAAGAAGUUCUGAAGAUACUUCUGUAUUUUUAUCUAAAUGUGCCUCACGUGCGGUCUGGAGUGGAACUAAAACCAUACUUGGGUGUCAAUAAUAGGUAUAUAGCUGAUAUCCCAGAAAAAGAUAAGCGUGUUUGGUUGGAAAAACACUUCAAACAUAUGUACUCAAAUCGGCCUAGGAAGCUAUUAGCUGAUGAACUUUAUCAUUGGGAGAAAAUCUAUAAAGUUGAUCAUAAAACUCGCCCACAAGAACCAAGAAGAAGGCCGUUUGAAUUGGGACAGUUUCCACUAGAAAGAAGAUAUGAUGACCAUACACCAGCAUAUGUUCGAAAGUCAGAAAGGACAGUGAAAUGGAAAAAGUUUGAAAAAACGUAUUAUCCAUAGGAAAUGUUUUGUUUGUUUUUUUUUUGGCCUCCAAAGCAAAAGUUAAAUUAAUUUUAUGUGAAACACUGAAUCACAGAAGCUAGUAAUUAUUCAGAAAGUACUGAUAUAUGGAAGUCAUAAGAGUUAACAUUAAUUUAGAAUGAAGUAGUAAAUAAAUGAAUUUGUCAAGUUGAAGAUGGUGAAUAUGAAGUUAUGUUGAUUUGAAUAAUGUUAAGAGUUAUGUGAAUACGAACUUCGUUCCUCUUGAAGGCCAAAAAAUAAUUACUUUUCCUUCGAGAUAUAUUUCCUUCGUUAUUAAUGUCAUUGUAUUGAUAUGCAACCUAGUAAAUUGAUUUUGAGUUAUGUAAAAUACAGUACCACUAGUGUUGUGAUAGCAUUGUGUUAGACAAGCCGUACAGUUUUCAAUAAAAUCUAGAAUUCUAUGAAUGGGUUAGUGUUGUUGGUCAUUUCAUUUGAAAAACUCCUAGUUUGCAAAUGUUCUAAAACUUUAUUGUUCCUUCAUCAGGGCUUGCUACAGUUGAAUAUUGCAGAGCAUAAUACAAAUCAUCCAACAUAUGGCAUCAAGGACACCUGCAUAAAAACACCUCCAGUCUUUGGCUCUGUUUUCCAGAGGGUGGAGGUGCUUUCAUGCAGAUGUUUUUCAUGCCAGGUGUUGGAUGAUUUAUUUAUAUUAUGUUCUUCAAUAUUCAACCUUAGCAAGCCCUUAUGAGGGAAUAAUAAAGUUCCGAAACAGUGGUAAACUAGGAGUUUUUUCAAUGAAAUGACCAACCAUUAACUAUUCCUGGAAUUAAUAGCAUGGUCAUAAAUUCAAGAGCUAAAUCUUGAAUAUUUUACUAACUUAAAAAACUGUAAAUUACUGCAUUCAUGAAUGCUGAACAUUUUAUGGUCUGUAAUUCUCUGGAAUUCCAUGUUUUCAAAACGUAGGAUGUCAAGUUGGAAGGGAUGUUAAUAACCUAUUUCUUAUGUCAGGAAACAGGUGAUAGAAAAAAAAUGGUUUGCUAAGAAGAAUAUGUGUUUCUGGGGCAGUGUCUCCCAGAGUGGCCUUCGCUCAAAUGAUAACAAUUUUCCAAAAAUAAGUAAACAAGAUUUUGGUCAAAAACAACUUCAUUUUUUCUCUUGAAGGUGUUUCAAUGAAUGGAGUGCAAUGUCCGUAACUUUAGAUUUUUCAAAAAUUACCCUUAUGUAAUUCCACACACACUCAUUUUUGGAGCUGAUGUUUCUAUUUUCAUAAUAUUUAUUUUUUUGGAUGUACUAUUCUUAAAAAUAAUUUGUAGUUUUAUUUGAAAUAUAAAUAAAAUGUUAUUACAUAAGAUGUAAGUCUUUAGAAAUACAAAUUGUCUAUACUGAUCAGCAUUGGGAAGAAAGUAAGUGAAUAUGUAUUCCUUGUUAUAAAUAGCUCACAAUUUACAAAAAUACAAAAUCUUCCCUAAUGCAAGAGCAAAGUGUAGGAUAAUCCAAGUUAUAUCACCUGGGGUUGUAUAAUCAAAUUGGACAUGGUUUGUAAACUGAUUUAAAGAUUACAUCUACUAACCAGCGGUGUCGCCCCCGAGGUGCGUCCUGUGUGAGAAACGUGCAUUUGUAGUGAAAAUCCUUUGUUCUUUUACGACCAGAGUCGACCCCCGAAGAAACUUGUUAAUUUUCGCUCACUUAGGCCUGACAGAGCUCCCUUCGAGGAAGCGGAGCUGCUGCACGGCGCCGCACCCUCCCUGCCCACAUGUUGCCGGAUUCGCUGCGUUGUCCAGAAGAGGCGAUGUGCGCUGUCACGCGUAUAUGACUGCGCGCCCGGACAUUCGCGAGUCGACACCGCCCUCGCUCUGUUUGAGCGUCUCCGAGGACGUGUGCUCUCAAAUUCACGUUUACAUCCUGCUAAUUGUCGUGGAAUUUAUCCUAAUGUGCUCAGAGCUGGCCUACUUGGGUCCAGUAACGACGCACGAAGGAGACGUCAAUCACACCCAUUCAAUAGGCACAGUGACACGCGCCCGGUACCACCGCCCCUUCGACCGCCUGCGUCCCACGAGGACGCCCUGUGGAAACGCCUUUUAACACAGCAGUAACACCCGUAAAAAUUAUCCAAACAAAGAGCAAACGUUAACCUUAUUCGAGACCGGGUUUGUGAGAAAGAUCAAAGAAAGGGAGGUUUGUUCGAUCUUUCGCACCAUAAAGUUAGAGGAAGCUUCGAGAAGCUUGCCCGCGUGACAUCGGCGCCAGCGAAUGGAUCAUCUCGACGCCGUUGCGAAUCGCUCGCCUCAAAAUUAUUGCGUUCUCAUUGAGCGGGAAACGAGAAGACGGCCUCGGCCCGAGAUUUCGCACGGGAAACGCAGGCUUUGAGGAAGGAGCGCUUCGCAGGGAGUGACACGAUCUUGACUUCAAUCUGACUACUACAAUUUCAUCUCUGAAUUGCGACACUUCGAGACAAAAUUCCGUGAAUUCAACUUUAAUUUCAUCUCUAUAGAGCGUCCAAGCAUCUGUUUGCAGUACAGCGCUUAUAGAGAAUAGCGUUGCUACGUCUCAGCCAACGCUUGCUUACUCGCGACACUCGCCGUGCUGGUUACUCGGAUUAACAUGACAUAUUUUGCCCGCUUGUUCAGAAUCUUUCAAAAUCCAUAAAAAUUGAUUUUUAAGUGCUAUGAAGCAUUGCAAGUACACCAGUAUUAUUUUAGCGCACCCGUUGAAGAGUGAGUGCUCAGAGCUGCCGGAAGAGUUCAUUCCUCAAACUUCUCGGUUUAGGUGGGAGCGCGUCCACUCCCCACAACGUGCUGCCCUUUUUAAAAUUGUUUUUAAUGUAUACAUAUUUUUAUUUCUUGCCAAAAUUAGGCUGGCGAACUAAAUGUUAGUUCAUGAAAUUUACUCCUACGUGACAUCUAGUUCUCCUUACAAUUUAAUUUAUUACAAUUAACUAAAUAAUUUUCUUUUGAUAAUAAAACAAUAUAGUUUCAUCUUAAUUUCUUUUUUCUCCAUUAUCGUAUCAUAUUAAUAUUGGCUAAACACACACCCCACCACUUGGCAUUUGUAAUAUGUGUCAUCCCCAGCACAGAUAGAUGGACAGGUCUACUAUCAACAAAACAUUAAAUCAUUUAGAUUUAAUUUAGUGUGUAUAAGGUUUUAACUUGUUCGAAAGCUGUACUUAAAUGUAGUGCAUUGCAAUAAAGGAUAUCUGCAGUUCUAGCAGAGUAACAAUAUAACAGAAAAUAUACAUCAUAACAUAACAUAAAUAAUAUAUAAGAAUAUAAUUAACAAACAAUAUGACAGAAAACAAAUAUAAUGUAUAUAAUAAAUAGUGCUAAAAAAUUGGAUUACCUCGUGCAUUAAAGGGUGUUACUGGUAAUCCAAUUAUUAGCAUAAAGUUAACAUUAAGCCUAAUCCAGGAAAACAUAGAGUUCAAGAACUGUCAAUCCGUGUAUAGAAGAUAUUGGUUUAUGUGUGUGACCGGUAGUGUGUUACAUUCAUGUACAUAAUUUAGCAGCUGCUGUCCCCCGGAAGAGAUAAGACUAUGAACACCACACUGGAGUCCAUUAUUCUAUACAUAAUCUUGUUAAACCUUUACACUCCCAUUACAUAGAGUAUUUGUUACAACAUAUAUACAUGCACUUAUAUAUUUAUACAAUUUUACAUUUAUUUCAAUAUACCCUAAUAUGUAUGGAUACUUAUAAGAAUAU